AUGGCCAAUAAAGCACACAUCAUCAAUGGACACAAGUCAAGAUGUACGAGGCAUGCAUCAAGAAACCGGAGUAUUGCAGCGAGGCUGGGAGAGAUUGGGGUAGUGAAGAAAUGGUCGACUAGCAGUGGACAAGGGCUUCAGGGCUUGGCUCUACGGUCAAAGAAGGGUAAAAAACCGAGCUCAUCAACCCGAGGAGACGAUAUUCCUAUGACUAGUAAUACAGCUGUAAUAGAUGACGACAUCGAAAUAGAAGACCAUGACAUGCAUCCACCACUGCCUGAACCAGAAGAAGAACCUGCGCAACCCGAAUACUUGGAACGAGGCCAGCGAAACCGCAUGAUUCCCUGUCAUUUUCAAGAUUACCUUCCUGCAGCUUGUAUUGCUCUCUUACAACAGUAUGCUGCACUCAGACCACCAGCCCCUCCUCUACCAGCUGCUCCAGCAGUGAUAGCUACUCACUCUCAGUCAACCUCUCAUGCUUCUACACCCGAAUCGCUGCCAGGCAUUGAAACAGAACCAAACCUGUUUGGCCUCUAUUGGCAAUACAAGACUCUGCCUUCGUUUGACCCUGACGAUGCUACAACCAUCACAAAUCUCUGUGACGCACCUACAUUUGCCAUACCUCCAGAUACCCUACAGCAGCAAUCGCCACUCAGUGUAUAUGGUGUGCACAGUCUAGAGCCAAAUGCAGCUAAUCUCUCCACCGAAACAGAAGCCCUAGACUCUGGACCAUGGUUUGCGCCGUUCAUGAAUCCCACCAUUGUUAGCCACUAA